AGGUUAUGUCAAGAUGUGUCAAAAUAAAAACAAUACUUGUGAACAUCUUCUGCAAACAACCGAAUAAAUCUGACACCGUUAUUCCAAUGACAAUGAUGUGAUAAAUAAAAAAAAACAUCAAUGAACAUCUUCAUCACUCCAUCAAUAAACAAUCAUGAAAUCGGUGUACAGAUUCGGUUUUUUAUUCCUUCUAUUCGUGGGUCUAGUAGUGCUUUUGAAUUUCACAAAUCAAUUUUCAAAUAGCAAAAUAUUUGGCCUGAAGAAUGAAAAAUCAAGAGAAAUACCUGAAUUAAUUGAAGCACCUGUUAAAGUGAUAACCCAAGACGAAGUGGUGAUUUGCGUUGUGAUUUGCGGUGACAGAUUAGAUGAGGCCCUAACGAUGCUCAAAUCUGCUCUUGUGUUUACCAAUCGAUCAUUGAAAUUCAUCAUCAUCACUGAACCCAAUUUGAUCAUCGAUUUUGAUGAGAAACUCACAGAUUGGAAGUACAAGACCAAUAAAACAUUUAGUUAUGUUGUUAAACCCAUUGAAUUUCCAGAACACAGCGAUGUUGUUAUGUGGAAAAAACUUUUCAAACCGUGUGCAGCUCAGAGACUUUUUUUACCUACUCUACUUAAUGACGUAGACAGCAUUCUGUACGUGGAUACAGACACACUCUUCCUGGCCCCUCCAGAGCUCGUAUGGGAUGAAUUUAAAUUGAUGAACUCGUCGCAACUGGCAGCCCUGAGCCCAGAGCACGAGGAUCCCAAUACUGGAUGGUACAACCGAUUUGCCAAACAUCCUUAUUAUGGAAAGUUGGGGGUGAAUUCUGGAGUAAUGCUGAUGAAUCUCACUCGAAUGCGAGAUUUCAGAUGGACAGACUACGUGAUUCCCAUCCACAAGGAGUGGAAACUCAAGAUAACCUGGGGAGAUCAGGAUAUUAUAAAUAUCAUCUUCCAUUAUCAUCCGGAGAGAUUGUAUAUCUAUUCCUGCAGGUACAAUUAUCGUCCUGAUCAUUGUAUGUACAUGUCGGUGUGCAUUGAGGCUGAGAGAGAGGGUGCCCUGGUGGUUCAUGGCUCCAGGGGGACUUUUCACUUGAUGAAACAGCCACCCUUCAGGGCUGUCUAUCGUGCCAUGCAGCAGUAUCAGUUGGAUACUGAUCCCUAUGAUAAUCUUUUACUGCCAAUGCAAGGGUAUUUAACCAUGGAGGAUACCUCAAAUUGUGGAAAGGUCUGGAAGGUUUUUAUUAAACAGCCUGAGAUACACCUGGGGAGGGAUUUUAUUAAUUGAUUCUAAAUUAAUAAACCGUUAGGUGCUGUGGAAUCGUGGAAUUCUGAUGUGAAGUGGUAAAUGGAAAAUAAUUGUCGACUUCUAGAGGAUCUGAAAAAAAAAUUUUCAGCGAGACCGCAAUGAAAUCGACAAAUGAAAUUGACACUCGAUGUGAAAAUCGUUAUUUCUACACAGAAAUUCGAUUGUUGGGGAAUUUUUUUUUGAAAAUUGAAGAAAUUAAUUGGAAUUCAAAAUUGGCGAAAACAUGAAACAUGAUUUAAUAAUCAAAUUAAUUAUAUGAAUUGUUCAUCUUAAUGUCCUUCGACCACUUCACAGCUGAAUUGCUACUCCAAGGUUUUUAUCUCAAUUCAAUCUCAAAUUGUUGACCGAUUUUUACUGUACGCAAUAAAUCUAGAAAUAUACACACGAAAUGUUAUGAACAAUA